AUGUGGAAGGAGGCACAUGAACCUCUUCAUGGAGGCAUCAACGCCCUUAAUAAACAUUGUGGGGUGGGACCAGGGAUGUCAUUCGCUAAUCUAGUGCUCGAAGGUGAUCAUUGCAUCGGGGUGAUCGGUUUAGUCCCUUGUGCUAUUGGUGGUAAAUGGGGCUCCCAUCUUUAUAAGCAGCUCUUAAAGAGGGCUAAUGCGGCACUACAAGAUGGAGGCAAAAUUCGGGCUAUACUAUGGUGUAAAGGUGAAAGUGAUUCUUUAGAUGAAAUUAGUGCUACAAUGUAUAAGAUGAGAUUGAUAGAGUUUUUCCUUCACAUCCGGGGAGAUUUAGCUUCCCCAGCACUCCCAACUCUUUAG